AUGAUCGAUAAGACAUAGAAGUUUAUAAUUUAUACGAUGAUAAUAUAUUAUAUGCAAGUGUUAUAAAAAGUAAUAAAGAAUAACAAAACUAAACAUAAAUAAACUAAUAAUAAUAAUAAUAAAGGUAAUAGUAAUUGUAAUAGUAAAAGUAAUAUUAAUAGUAAAAACAUUAAUAAUAAUAGUAAUAUUAAUAAUAGUAAAAGUAAUAAUAUAAGCAAUAAAACUAGUAAUAGUAAAAGUAAUAAUAAAUGUAAUAAUAAUAAGAAUAGGAAUAUGAAUAAUAAAAUAAUUAAUAAUAAUAAUAAUAAUAAAUAUAGAUAUAGAUACAAUAAAAUACAUAAGCAUAUGUAUAAGAAUUAUAAUUAAAAUAAGAAAAAUCUUAAAUAAGAUAAUAAAUAUAAAAUUAACAAUUUACAUAAACAUUAGAAUAAAUAUAAACAUAAGAACAAUAAUAAAAACAAACAUAAUAUUUAAAUAAAAUAUAAGAAAAUAAAUAAAUUGAAGAAUAAUAAUAAAAACAUUUAUAUGAAUAAAUUUAAAAUAUAGAAUUAACAUAAAAAUAAGAAUAAUACUAAUAAAAACAAAUAUAAAAAUAAUCAUAAAAUCAAAUAUAAUAUUAAAAAUAAAUAAAAGAAUAAUCAUAAAAUUAAACAUAAGAAUAAUCAUCAUCUAUUCAUGCAUAUUCAUAAACAUAAACAUAAACAUAAACAUAAGCAUAAACAUAAGCAUAAACAUAAAUAUAAACAUAAACAUAAGCAUAAACAUAAAUAUAAACAUAAGCAUAAAUAUAAACAUAAAUAUAAACAUAAAUAUAAACAUAAAUAUAAACAUAAACAUAAACAUAAACAUAAACAUAAAUAUAAACAUAAACAUAAACAUAAACAUAAACAUAAACAUAAACAUAAACAUAAACAUAAACAUAAACAUAAACAUAAACAUAAACAUAAACAUAAACAUAAACAUAAACAUAAACAUAAACAUAAACAUAAACAUAAACAUAAACAUAAGCAUAAGCAUAAGCAUAAGCAUAAGCAUAAGCAUAAACAUAAACAUAAACAUAAACAUAAAAAUAAACAUAAGCAUAAACUUAAUAAAACUAAAUAAUCAAUACUAUAGUAGAAGUUAAUUAAAAAAAUAAAAGUAAAAAAUUAAGAUUAACAACAAAUGCUUUUGAACCAACUAUACAUCAUUAAAUAUAAAUGGAAAGAUUUUAGUUAAAUAAAAUUGUAAAUAAUUAAGAAAAAUUUAACCUUUAAAAUUUUUUCCUUGAAAAAUUAAAAAGUUAAAGCGAAUAACAAGAAGAGAAACAAAUAAAUUAAGAUUGCUCUUGGCGUUAUUUUUUAAGUGAUUAAAAAAAGGAGAAUAUGCUACUUUUUAAUAGUUUAAUGAUAAAAAGUAGUCAUACAAGUAGUAAUAGUAGUUUAGGUAGUAGAAUUAGUAAUGGCUUUAGAUAAAAUGCAUAAAAUACAUAUAAAAAUCAUUAGAAUUAUUAUUAAUAAACAUUAGCUGCUAUAAAUGGAAGUUUUACUUAAAAUAAUAAUACUCCUAAUUUAAUAAAUUCUUCAAAUAAUUUAAAUAACAGUAUGACAAAUAAUAAUAUUGUGAAUAGCUCUAAUAAUUUAAAUAAUAUAAUAAACAAUAAAAACUAAUUAUUUUGA